CAAUAAUGCCACACUGGAGACUGAACAUACCAUUCAGACAACUGAAAUCACAAGGAAGCAUCACGGUCAGCAGCAGUGUGCCAGAAGAGAUGCCUCCUCAUUGUCUUAUGGAGUAAGAAAAAGACCAACUAUUCAUGAUCACUGCCUUAGGAGCAGCUGGAGCUACAUCUUGUUUGCACCAUGGAUGUCCAAGAGUCACAGGAUACGAAACAGUCCCAAAGUGAGUCUGUGUGCAGAAGCCAACAAAACAUAUCCAACACAUCUUUAUCCCAGUUCUCUGGAAGCGCACAACAUUUUACUUCUAAUGGAAGCAUUUAUUGUGAGCCAGAGGAGUACACAGAGACAGACUUUCUGCUCCCGAAUGAGCUUUACGGUGGGUCACGGAUCAGCAGAUCAGUGAGAGCAAAGGAUGCAGAUGUCUCAGGCGCACCUGCAGAGUCCAUCUGCUCCAUGGUUAUGCAGAUUCUGGUGCCAUUUCUGUUGGCUGGGUUCGGAACGGUUUUUGCCGGGAUGGUGCUUGAUGUUGUUCAGAGCUGGGUGGUGUUCCAGGAAAUCACAGAGAUCUUAAUUCUAGUCCCAGCUGUUUUAGGCAUGAAGGGAAACUUGGAAAUGACUCUGGCCUCAAGACUCUCAACUGCUGUGAAUGCAGGAAAAAUGGACUCUGCCAGAGAAAAGUGGAUGCUGAUUGCUGGAAACCUGGCAAUCAAGCAGCUACAAGCUACAGUCCUGGGCCUGCUGGCAUCCCUCCUGGCGGCUAUGUUGGGCUGGAUGGCAGAAGGACAGAUGCCCUUUCAUCACAUAGUGCUCCUGUGUUCAACCAGUGUUUCUACUGCCUUUGUGGCUUCACUGCUGCAAGGUUUCGUUAUGGUGGGAGUGAUCAUGGGUUCCAAACGGAUAGGAAUCAACCCUGACAAUGUGGCCACACCCAUAGCAGCCAGCUUUGGAGAUCUCAUCACUCUCGCCUUGUUGGUGUGCUUCAGCCAGUGGUUCUACUCCUUUAUAGAACUUUAUCCCUAUGUAUUGUACCUGGUGAAUCUAUUGUUUUUAUGCCUGAUCCCUGCCUGGGUGACUAUUUCCUCCAAACACCCAGCCAGUCACAUCCUGCUGCGCACAGGCUGGGAACCAAUCAUUACAGCAAUGCUCAUCAGCAGUAUUGGAGGACUUAUUCUGGACAAGACUGUGUCAGAUCCAAACUUGGCAGGAAUCAUAGUUUAUGCCCCGGUCAUAAAUGGUGUUGGAGGAAACCUCGUUUCCAUACAGUCUAGUCGUAUUUCAACUCAUCUGCAUUUGAAAUGCUCACCUGGGGAGCUUCCUCUGGGCCAACAGAGCUGUCGUAACCCCUGGCACACAUUCUUUGGUUCAGGAGCAAACCAUCGAUCUGCUAAGAUUCUGCUUCUCCUGGUCAUCCCUGGCCAGUUGAUCUUUUUACACACUACUCAUCUAAUGAAAGGAGGGCACACUUUACCCAGUCCUCUCUUCACAGUUGCCUUCUUGUUUACUUCUUUGAUUCAGGUCUUUAUCCUGCUCUGCAUAGCUGACUGUUUGGUUCACUGUCUGUGGAGGAGGGGUAAAGAUCCUGACAGCUAUUCAAUACCUUACCUCACAGCCCUCGGAGAUCUUCUAGGGACUGUUCUACUCUCGCUUGCUUUCCUCAUGCUGUGGUGCAUUGGUGAUUCAGGAAGUGUAUAAGUUCAAAAUGAAAAAACAUAAGACUUUAUAGUUCUGAAACAUAACCAGCUUAUAGAGUCAUAUUAAAGCUAUUCAACACAUAAAUCUGCCUUCAUCUUUGCCAGAUAGCAACAUAGUUUUCUGCUUUAAGUUGUUUAUUAAAACACAAGGAGCACACCUACAGAACAAAUACAAAUAUGUGUGACUGUAACACACUUCACAGUUUUGUCACUUUUUAAGUCUUUAAUUCACUGCACAUAAUCAUGCCCUUACAAAACCCAGAACAGCGUGAGUGCCAUUUGUUCACCUUGUGCUUCACUGUGUGCGUCACCAUGUGUGCUGUCAUGUCAAAAUGUGGUUACUGUCUGUCCUUCUGUGGGCGGGGUCUGUCAACAUUAUAAUGUUGCAGCUGUGCAAAAUGCAAGGGUCGAGUUCAGUGUGUGAUCCCACAUAUGAGUAAAGACCACUAAAAGUGGGGAGGCAAAGGGUCUCAUUGACCCUUCCCACAUUACAAUCCUAUCACACAGCCUUUAGCAUGUUUGAAGUAUUUCUAGAUUCACAUAUGAAGUAUGUUUAUAUGGUGGAUAAAUGUAAUAUUUUCCAUCAUG